UGGUCCAUGCAGUGCGCAUGUGCAACAACCGAAAGCCCCGAGGUCCAGUCGGACAGCACCCACCGAGCAGGGCACUGAGGUCCUUCCCGCUAACAGGGUCUGGUUCCGUCAGAAUGCGGCCAGCGUUAGAGCAAGCCCUAGAUCGUGCAGAGGAGGUCAUUGCAAGGGCCCAGCAGACACCCCCUGAAAGCACAGCCCCAUCGGGCCAGGAGAAAUCUCUCCAUGAAAAGCUUUAUGACAUUUAUGUUGAAGAAUGUGGCAAAGAGCCCGAGGUCCCCGAGGAACUCACGACCAGUGUCAACCUGCUAGAGAAGCUGGUUAGCAGAGAGUCGUUGCCAUGCCUAGUGUUCAACCUAUACCCGGGAGAUAAGGGCUGUUCUGUGAUGCUGGAUGACAAAAGUGGGUCCUUUUCAGAGAUCAUUUCACUGCCCUAUGGAGAAGGUAAACUGUUGGAGUACUUGGAUGCACAACAGUUACCUCCUGUUCUGCUCGACAUCCUGGGCACCUCUCAGAUGAACCUUUUCCAUAGUGGGUGUGUCAUAGCAGAAAUCCGAGACUACAGGCAGUUCAUGGGCCUGGGCUCGCCUGUGUACAAAAGUAGGCAUAUUCUCUUACGUCCAACGAUGCAGACUUUAGUGUGUGAUGUAGAAGCCAUUGCAAGUGACAACCCUCAAUGGACACAGCAAGACAAGCUCACCUUUGAGAGGCAACUAAUUCUGGCUCCAGCAGAGCCACUGUGUCUGGAGCCCUCUGUGGCAGUGGCCUGCACUGCCAACAGACUGCUAUUUAACAUGCAGACUAUGAAUGCUGCCCCAAUGACACAGUGCUUCAAGAGGCAUUCGUGGCCUUCCCUGAGCCUGCAGGAGGAGUCAUUUCCACAUCCUUCUCACCCUGACUCUAGAGUACUAACUGCUUGCAGAAAGAAAAAAGAAAAGAAAUCUAGUCAGGAAGGAGACCCGAAGAUCACAACACAGAAUUAUGUAGACACAUGGAAACAGAGCCCCUGUGACCUGUCUGUGCCUUCUGAAAUUGAUGUGCAGGAAUACACCAAAGGAAACCAGUCUGCCCAACCUGGUAACGAACCACAAGCAUUCUGCUCACCUCCUGUGCUAGAAAAUGAUCUUGUAUUUGACUGUGAAGCUGACAGUUGGCUGUGGGAAACAAAAGCAAACAUCCUGAUGUCAAAUAAUGAUCCACUUUGGUGUGAUGUGGUAGAUCCACCAAAAUGUCCCAUACUCAAGAGGCAGAAACAUUCCACACACAUCUCCACAGGUGACUGUUCAGGAGUUCUUAGGACUGUAUCAAAGACUAACGCUGAGAGGGCAGUCAGCACAUGCCAGGAGCCCGUCCAGAGCACAGCUGAAUAUGCAGGCAAGAUGGCAUCAGGCCCCAGUGUCUCAGCCAGUGUCAGUCAACCCUCUCCAGAGGCAAAGCCAAAACAGCCUAUGACCUCAGUGUCAGCAGAGUCCUCAGUAUCCAGAAAUGCAAUCAACUCAGGAGCUCCACAGGUCACACUUACCUCCACCUCAGGACAGAAUUUGUCAGGUCAAAAUCCUCCUGCACAACCGGCCUGCUGGUCCCAGAAGGUCCCACCUCUUGCUCCUGUGCCCAAGCCAGCCAGACUUUCUCAGAAGGGUCACAAAAGAAUCAAGUCACUUCCUCCUCCUGCCCAGCCUCCUGCCCACCAUUCACAAAAAACACUGCUGACCCAGAAGCCAACUAGCUCCACUAGCCUGCAGGUCAUCCAUGUGGUGGGCCCAGCGCAGGGAACCCAGGGUUUGGUGAGUGGUUCUGAUUCCAUGCUGCGCAGUACCACUAAUGCCCCACCUGCUGGGGGAACCCAGCACAGUGGCCUUCUGCCCCCAGAAAGUCAGCAGCCCAUUGCAGGGUCAGGUGGGACACAGAUAGCCUCUCAGCCAAGUGUGCAACUCAUUUUACGUAACCCUUCUGGUCUCAUGCCCUUAACUAUACUCCAACUUCCACCUGGUUCCAUCAUUUUGAGCACCCAGCCCCAGCCCCAGCCCCAGCAGCAGCAGCCCCUUCCCCAACCCCCACUCCAAACCCCAUCACAGCCCCAGGUAUAUCAGCUGAUUCCACAACAACAGCUUCAGCAACCCACAACUUCUCUUCCACCACCACAGCCUGACCCACAGGCUUCUGCCAAACAUCCAAGCAGUCAGCAGUGGGCCUGGCCAGCUCAGCAAGAUGUGAUUAACCAGAAGCCCCAGGCAGCUGUGUUGGGUCAGCUCGGCUCUGACCAGCAAAGACCUGGGCAGGGCCUUUCUUCUCAGACAUUACACAACCCUCCUGCUCAGCCACAACAGCUGCAGGCACAUGGGCAGGUGAAGAAUCACCAAGUGAGAUACUGGCAGCAUCCAGUGUCUGUGACGACAGCAGCCACUCAGACCACUCAAGUCCCCCAUCGUGGCCACAUAGCCCGCCAUGCCAAAGGUAGCACCAACAGAGCCCUGCCACCCACCCCAAAGUCCUGAAUCUUACUUCAGUUUUCCUGUUUUUAAAAACAUUCAAGCAUAGCGAUAAAUAAGUUGCAAGUUUUUACUUCAUAUUUGGUGUUUUUCAUUUUGGGUGGGGGGGUACUGGAGAUCGAACUCAGGCCCUUGUGCUUGCCAUGCAGCUGGUGGCACCACUGAGCUAAAUCCCAGGCCUAGUAUUUUACAUUUUAAAGCAUAAACUUUACACCAAAGCACAGUCCCAUAAUUUUAACAUAAAAACAGGGAAUACAUUUAAUAAACCAUGAUUGUCUUUUUUUUUU